UGAUGAGUAGGUUUUAUAUGAAAAGUCAGAUACCACACACAUCUCUCCACAUUUUUGAGAACGAAUUUCAGCUCAUAAUACGGAGUAAAAUGAUUGAUUCUUUCUUUCAAUCCUUAGCAAAAAGGAGAGCUCCGAUUGCUAUAACUUCAUGCAAUUCACGUCAGUCAUCCACUACCCAUCCAUCUGUUUAAUCCAUUAAAACAUCCUUGCUUAUAGAGUACUUAUCCUUAAUCUCCUCGAGCAUCCAAAAAAACUCCUUAAUUUAUUUAACCAUUUCUUAGGUUGCUCGAUCGUCUUAUAUAUGUGCAGCUAACCCUACACGUCAUGGAUAAUUACCAAGGUGAUCUAACCGACAUCUUCUCCGGCGCAUUAUUAGCGUCGCCGGCCGGUAACUUUUCAGACACGUGGCAAUACCCUCCAAGCAUCAGCGAUGAAACUAGGUGUAUGGGUUAUUGCUACCCACCGUCAGAUCAACGCGAUUUCGGGGACCCUUUUUGCAGCAUGCCGGCAGGGUCCCCGCCGAUGAUAUUCCCGGAGCAGCUCGCAGGAGUGAAGGGGUUUUUCGAGCUCGAUCUCGUAGACGCCGCCGCGGCUGAUGGUGGGAGCUUUCAUCACUUAGUUGCUACGCCGUCGUUGACGGAACUCGUUCGUGAUGAUGAUGGAAAAAGGAAGGGACCUCCGACUUGCAACGUUUUUUCAAGAAAGCUCCGGAUCUCCCCCUAUUCAAAUCAGACCCUACCGCCGCCUACGGCGGAGGGUAGCGUUGUAUUCGGUGCUGGUAAUGAAAUGAAAAUCUCAGAAUCACGUGCGGCGGAUUACACGUCAGACUCGGUGGUGCAGAUCUCACUUCCGAGAAACACGGGUGUUAUGAAAAGGAGCAGGAAGAGUCUGGCGGCGAAGAAGGUGGUUUGCGUGCCGGCGCCGGAGCCAGCAAAUAGUAGGCAGAGCGGAGAGGUAGUUCCGUCGGAUCUUUGGGCGUGGCGGAAGUACGGUCAAAAGCCCAUCAAAGGUUCUCCUUAUCCCAGGGGAUACUAUAGAUGCAGCAGUUCAAAGGGAUGUUUGGCCCGAAAACAAGUCGAGCGUAGCCGGACCGAUCCAAACACAUUGGUCAUCACCUACUCGUCCGAGCACAACCACCCCUGGCCCACUCAAAAGAAUGCCCUCGCUCGUUCCUCCCACUCCCAGCCAUCCAAACCGGAAUUAUUUUCCAUUGGCAAGCAGCACAAUUCAACACUACAACUGUUGGAUGAGGGUCCGGGCAGAUCAGCGGGUGAUGGUCACAACAGCGGGCAAAUGAGCGAGUUCGGGCUGCCCACGGAUGACCAGUCAUCCGAAGAUUUCUUUGCGGAUCUCGAUGAAAUAGAAGCAACUCCACACUCGAUACCGCCCUUCGGCUUCAAUGAUUGGUCCACGACAAUUUAUGACAACAUUAUUAUUCACGAGAGCCAAACGUAAUUAAGGAGUUUGAUUAUUUUUUAUAAUAAAUUUGAUUAACGGUUUAUAAUAUAAGAGCAUCUUCAAUGCUAAAAUGUGCACGGCGCACAUGUGUCAUGAGAGAGAGCCACAUAAAUAUUAGUAAAUAAACUUUAUCUCCUUAUUUGAACGUUUUAUGCAGUUUUGGUAAGUUUCUCCACAAUGUAAGGGAGACUGUCUAGAUGUUGACAUUGCAGGAGAAAAAUUAUCAAAAUUGUAUACAAUCAUUCAAAUAAAGAGAGAGAUAAUUUAUUUGUUAAUAUUUAUGUGGUUAUGUCUGAUGCUACAUGUGCACAAUGCACACUAUAGCAUUGGAUGAUUAUGAUAAGCACGCAAUACAAUACUCUUAGUACAUCGGUGUACGUAUCCAAUGCGCCAAGGCCCCAAGGCCCAUCCAAGGAUAUCACACAAUUUAAAGCAUUUCCUUUUUCUUUUAAUCACACUGAUACACACGAAUAUUUAAGUGCAACGGUUGAAUUAAUGUUGUUAAUUCCAUGAUCUUCAAUUCCCAAUGAAAUGUAAGUUAUGAGAUUGAGUAUACGGAUUUCGGAGACCACCCAUAUAUAUAAAUUUGUUGCAUGUAUCAAACAUUCAAAGGAUCGAUGAUUUGCUUUAAUUUUCUUUGUCUU